AUGGCGGGUUUUAUCUCUGGCGAGUCUUACUUGGUUCUCCUUGUCGUGGUGUUGCGCUGCGUGGUUGCGGUUCUUGCAGAGCGCGUGCUGACAGCGGCAGGCGGUGCCGCAGCUGACGCUGGUCUUCACGCAGCCACAGAUCUUGGUGGAGCAGGAGCCGCGACAGGUGCAGUGCGGGACACCUUCGUUACGUCUAUUGUAGGUGUCGGAGAGCGCGUGCUGACAGCGGCAGGCGGUGCCGCAGCUGACGCUGGUCUUCACGCAGCCACAGAUCUUGGUGGAGCAGGAGCCGCGACAGGUGCAGUGCGGGACACCUUCGUUACGUCUAUUGUAGGUGUCGGAGAGCGCGUGCUGACAGCGGCAGGCGGUGCCGCAGCUGACGCUGGUCUUCACGCAGCCACAGAUCUUGGUGGAGCAGGAGCCGCGACAGGUGCAGUGCGGGACACCUUCGUUACGUCUAUUGUAGGUGUCGGAGAGCGCGUGCUGACAGCGGCAGGCGGUGCCGCAGCUGACGCUGGUCUUCACGCAGCCACAGAUCUUGGUGGAGCAGGAGCCGCGACAGGUGCAGUGCGGGACACCUUCGUUACGUCUAUUGUAGGUGUCGGAGAGCGCGUGCUGACAGCGGCAGGCGGUGCCGCAGCUGACGCUGGUCUUCACGCAGCCACAGAUCUUGGUGGAGCAGGAGCCGCGACAGGUGCAGUGCGGGACACCUUCGUUACGUCUAUUGUAGGUGUCGGAGAGCGCGUGCUGACAGCGGCAGGCGGUGCCGCAGCUGACGCUGGUCUUCACGCAGCCACAGAUCUUGGUGGAGCAGGAGCCGCGACAGGUGCAGUGCGGGACACCUUCGUUACGUCUAUUGUAGGUGUCGGAGAGCGCGUGCUGACAGCGGCAGGCGGUGCCGCAGCUGACGCUGGUCUUCACGCAGCCACAGAUCUUGGUGGAGCAGGAGCCGCGACAGGUGCAGUGCGGGACACCUUCGUUACGUCUAUUGUAGGUGUCGGAGAGCGCGUGCUGACAGCGGCAGGCGGUGCCGCAGCUGACGCUGGUCUUCACGCAGCCACAGAUCUUGGUGGAGCAGGAGCCGCGACAGGUGCAGUGCGGGACACCUUCGUUACGUCUAUUGUAGGUGUCGGAGAGCGCGUGCUGACAGCGGCAGGCGGUGCCGCAGCUGACGCUGGUCUUCACGCAGCCACAGAUCUUGGUGGAGCAGGAGCCGCGACAGGUGCAGUGCGGGACACCUUCGUUACGUCUAUUGUAGGUGUCGGAGAGCGCGUGCUGACAGCGGCAGGCGGUGCCGCAGCUGACGCUGGUCUUCACGCAGCCACAGAUCUUGGUGGAGCAGGAGCCGCGACAGGUGCAGUGCGGGACACCUUCGUUACGUCUAUUGUAGGUGUCGGAGAGCGCGUGCUGACAGCGGCAGGCGGUGCCGCAGCUGACGCUGGUCUUCACGCAGCCACAGAUCUUGGUGGAGCAGGAGCCGCGACAGGUGCAGUGCGGGACACCUUCGUUACGUCUAUUGUAGGUGUCGGAGAGCGCGUGCUGACAGCGGCAGGCGGUGCCGCAGCUGACGCUGGUCUUCACGCAGCCACAGAUCUUGGUGGAGCAGGAGCCGCGACAGGUGCAGUGCGGGACACCUUCGUUACGUCUAUUGUAGGUGUCGGAGAGCGCGUGCUGACAGCGGCAGGCGGUGCCGCAGCUGACGCUGGUCUUCACGCAGCCACAGAUCUUGGUGGAGCAGGAGCCGCGACAGGUGCAGUGCGGGACACCUUCGUUACGUCUAUUGUAGGUGUCGGAGAGCGCGUGCUGACAGCGGCAGGCGGUGCCGCAGCUGACGCUGGUCUUCACGCAGCCACAGAUCUUGGUGGAGCAGGAGCCGCGACAGGUGCAGUGCGGGACACCUUCGUUACGUCUAUUGUAGGUGUCGGAGAGCGCGUGCUGACAGCGGCAGGCGGUGCCGCAGCUGACGCUGGUCUUCACGCAGCCACAGAUCUUGGUGGAGCAGGAGCCGCGACAGGUGCAGUGCGGGACACCUUCGUUACGUCUAUUGUAGGUGUCGGAGAGCGCGUGCUGACAGCGGCAGGCGGUGCCGCAGCUGACGCUGGUCUUCACGCAGCCACAGAUCUUGGUGGAGCAGGAGCCGCGACAGGUGCAGUGCGGGACACCUUCGUUACGUCUAUUGUAGGUGUCGGAGAGCGCGUGCUGACAGCGGCAGGCGGUGCCGCAGCUGACGCUGGUCUUCACGCAGCCACAGAUCUUGGUGGAGCAGGAGCCGCGACAGGUGCAGUGCGGGACACCUUCGUUACGUCUAUUGUAGGUGUCGGAGAGCGCGUGCUGACAGCGGCAGGCGGUGCCGCAGCUGACGCUGGUCUUCACGCAGCCACAGAUCUUGGUGGAGCAGGAGCCGCGACAGGUGCAGUGCGGGACACCUUCGUUACGUCUAUUGUAGGUGUCGGAGAGCGCGUGCUGACAGCGGCAGGCGGUGCCGCAGCUGACGCUGGUCUUCACGCAGCCACAGAUCUUGGUGGAGCAGGAGCCGCGACAGGUGCAGUGCGGGACACCUUCGUUACGUCUAUUGUAGGUGUCGGAGGUAACUUACUUGGUUCUCCUUGUCGUGGUGUUGCGCUGCGUGGUUGCGGUUCUUGCAGAGCGCGUGCUGACAGCGGCAGGCGGUGCCGCAGCUGA